UUUUAUUUCUUUUCUCUAUUCCUUUCGUCAUAUGGAGUGUUUCGCGUUUGUCCGCCAUAUUAAAUGAAAUCAAUAAAACAAGACAAAAUGUCGCCUUACUAAAGUGCGUAAAAUUAUCCACUAACAUCCAGUUUUUGUGUGAUUAAAUCAUCAAGAGGAUCACAAUGGAGAAUUCCUAUGGUGUGGGGGUCGAUAACAGAUAUGCUCUUUUUUUGGACGAUGAGUCCGAUCCUCUUGAUGCGUUAAAAGCGCGAGAGCAAGCAAAAGAGCUCAAAAAGAAGACCAAAGAAGCCGAAAAAGAGAAUAAGGGCAAACCCGAAACCAAGCCCAAAGGCGGUACUACCGGUGUCCGUAAAGGAAUUAAAGAGACACAAAAUGUGAAAUCGCAGGAGGCUAAGAGCGGCGAACAACAAAAGAGUAAGGGUCCUGCGCGACCGAACGACCGUAAUCCGGAACGUCCGCCUCCAAGGCGCCGCGAAGAUCGGCCGCAGAAUGGUGCGGUUGAGAACAAGGAGGGUGCUCCGAGACCCCCUAGACGUGAGUUCAGCGACCGCAGGCCUAAUUUUGAGCGGCGCAACUUUACUGACAACCCGGAAGGAGCGGAGCGCCGCGGUCCUAGACCGCCGCGUGAACCACGUGAACGUGACGGACAGCGCGGGCCGCGUCCGGGUUACGACAACCGAGGCAAGCGUGAGUUCGACAGGAGGUCAGGCUCGGACAAGACUGGUGUCAAACCGGUCGACAAGCGUGAAGGUGGCGGCCCACAUAACUGGGGCACCUUCAAAGACGAAAUCGAGGAUUUGAACAAAACUGGCUCUGAGGGUGAAGUCGUCGAGGAGCCUAAGGUCGUAGAUGCGGCAGCAGCUGGUGACGGACAGCAGCCGGAAGCGGAACGGCCCGCGCCAACCGAGGAGGAGCCUCGCGAACUUACGCUGGACGAGUACAAGGCAUUGCGCAACGCUCAACGCACGGCUCCGCAGUAUAACUUGCGCAAGGCCGGCGAGGGCGAGGACCUCAGUCAGUGGAAAAAUUUGGUAAUGCUCGAAAAGAAAAAGGAAGGCGGUGAAGAUGACGACACAGAUGAGGAAUACGAUAUGGCUGAUUAUCCUCAGCGUGUGGGUCGUCAGAAGCGUGUGCUCGGCAUUGAGUUCACGUUCAACGAUACGGCGCGGCGCAGCGGCCCGGGCCCUCGCGGGCGAGGCCGUGGCCGCGGCCGAGGUGGCCGAGCUCCGACGCGGGAGGAUGCGCCGCCAGAGGAGCGCCCGCAGCUGCGCCAGCAAGCUGCACCUCCUAAAGUUGAUGACAGCAAGGAUUUCCCCUCUCUCGGAUAAACUCACAGUGAGCAUAAGCUCAAUUUCUUUUCAUUGAUACGAUAGAAAUACAAAUUAAAUAUUGUAUGUACCGUUAUUUUUGAAGUAAAUAUACAAAAUAUUUACACAAGUGUGUAUUAUAUUGCAUUCAGUUUUUGUCAAUUUUGGCAUUGACCAUCUCGAAUCAGUUACUCAACAUAGUUUGCUUAGUUCUUAUGAUGAGGAAGUCCACUCAUUGUACUCAUUUCUCCGCAGGAUAUACAAGAGGGGGAGGAUAAUUUUAAGUUUUAAUUUUGAAUACACAGCUACAAGUAAUGCAUAUGACUAUCACAAUGGUAGCUUUUAUCUUAAUGUAAUCAUCAUCAGCUUAUGAUUUAACUGCGAAAAGUACUGAUAAGAUUUUAAACUUACAGACUGUGACUUACUAUAAUGAAUUAACUCCGUCACAAGUUAGUGUAGAACAUUUUGUGAAAAUAAAUAACCCUUGUUGCAUUUUAUAUAAGUUUGUGUUGACAAAUGCAGACUUUGGGAACUGUAAAUAGUUAUAUAUGUUUUAAAAGAUAAGGUCUUAACAAGGUUGAUUUUUGUUGUUACACAAACUUCUUGAAAAAUAAACAUUUUGUAUGUGUGA